AAAGCUUUGCCUCAGUGUCUCACUUUGGAAGAGUCGAACCAUUUCCACAUGCAGACAACUGAGUUUACGAACAAGUCCUGUGUCUUUCCGUUUAUUUAUGGUGACAUGAUUCACUACACCUGCAUCUCCGUCCACAGUGAUUAUGACUGGUGUUCCCUUGACAGGAAAUUCCAGGGCAGGUGGCGGUACUGCACAGGGUACGACCCCCCCACAUGCACCUUCCCUUUCUUCUUCAGAAAAAAGCUCUUUUACAGAUGCACCAAGGAAGGUUAUAUUUUGAAUCGGAGUUGGUGUUCCCUGACAAGAAAUUAUACUCAUGAUGGAAAAUGGAAGCAGUGUUCUCCUCACCAUCUUUAGAUGAGUCUUGGUGCUCUUGAAGGGACAGAAUUUAUACGAUUCAUCAGCUGCCUUCAAAAUAUAUCCUUUCCGUGAUCAUUCUGACCAAUAAAGAUGUUGAC